CUUUGUCAACACUUUGCCUGUUUUCCUUGGUUUGAUUUUAUUACAUAGACAAGUUAGACAACCGUUGGAAGCCCAGAGAUGUCCACUGUUGUGUUUAGCAGGCUUGCCAGCGCUUCUAAUCGUCUUAAACUGAUCUUACGACACGUAGCCAAGGCCUCAACUUCUGCAGAAAGCAUCCCACAUCAGAAGGUAGAAGUGAAUGGUGUCAACAUCAACUAUGCCAAGGUGGGGACAGGGGACCAUCCAGUACUGCUGAUGCCAGGGGCACUAGGCUCUACCAUAACUGACUUUACGCCUCAGCUGGAGAAGUUGGACAGGCAGAAGCUGACGGUUGUCGGGUGGGACCCGCGUGGAUACGGCAAGUCCCGCCCUCCAGACAGACAGUUUGAUAUAAACUUCUUCCACCAGGAUGCUGCUGAUGCUGCAGCUCUCAUGCAGAAAAUAGGUUUUGAUAAGUUCUCUCUGGCUGGCUGGAGUGAUGGAGCUAUCACAGCCAUCAUCCUGGCCGGUACCUACCCACAGCUGGUCAGGAAGAUGGUCAUCUGGGGAGGAAAUGCCUUUGUCACUGAGGAAGACUGUGGGAUGUAUGAAGCAACAAGAGACAUCAGUAACUGGAGUGAAAGGAUGCGAGCACCCAUGAUCAAUAUGUAUGGAGAGGAGUACUUCCGCAAGACAUGGGAGCGCUGGAUUGAAGGAAUCACACAGUUCCUCCAGCAGAGGAAUGGUGACAUCUGUAAGACAGAGGCUAGUCAGGUGACCUGCCCCACCUUCAUCUUACAUGGUGUCAAGGACCCCAUAGUUCCUGGUGUUCAUCCUGACUACCUACAGGAACAUAUUAAAGGGUCUAGGAGAUAUGAUUUUCCGGAUGGGAAACACAACAUCCACCUCCGGUAUGCUGACGAGUUCAACAGGCUGAUGGAAGAUUUCCUGAUGGAGUCAUAAUUCUGUCAAGUCAUGCUGUGCUGAAGAUAAAAUCAAUUUCACUUUUGCCAUAAAGGCUGUGCAUUUUAUCCACUGGAAAGAGUCAGCUGAUAGUCUGGUUUAAGGUUGUGCUUCUGCAUUGUCUUAUGAUAUAAGAUUAUAGAAUAUUAUGAUUUUAUAAUACUAGUAUCUUUUAGAUGCUCUUGCUUCAUUGGUUCAAAAAGAAUGUCAUCUGCCAUCUAUACUUAAUUUUUUUUUCAAUUCCAUCUCUGUUUAUGAUAAGAUUGUCAUGGCUUCUUGUACAAUGUAAUUGUACUUCCUGUCAGCAAUGUAACAAACAGCAAAAUGCAGUAUUGAUUAACAAUGUCAUAAAUGACAUAUCAUAUUUUUUGUCCACAAAUGUUAUCUCAACAUGUCAGGACUUAUUCGCUACCCAGAAAUUACUCUGAAAUUAGAAGGCUGGAGGUGGCGAUAAAAGAAUUUAAAAAAAAAAACAAUAAAUAAACCUAUACUGUGUA